GCUCUUUCAUUUCAUAUUCUCAGUUCUCUCUCUCUCUCUCUCCCCCCCCUACCCCCCCCCCCCUCUAAACAUCGAUGGCGUCGUCGCGCGAUGAGUUUGUGUACAUGGCGAAGCUUGCGGAGCAAGCCGAGCGGUACGAGGAGAUGGUAGAGUUCAUGGAGAAGGUCGUAACCACCGCGGACGGCGGCGACGAACUCACCAUCGAGGAACGUAACCUUCUCUCCGUAGCAUACAAAAACGUGAUCGGAGCACGACGUGCCUCGUGGCGGAUCAUUUCCUCAAUCGAGCAAAAAGAAGAGAGCCGAGGCAACGAAGAUCAUGUGACCUCUAUUAAAACUUACAGAUCUAAGAUCGAGUCGGAGUUGACCUCGAUCUGUAACGGUGUCCUCAAGCUGCUCGAUUCAAAUCUCAUCGGCGCUGCGUCAACCGCAGAUUCUAAGGUGUUUUAUUUGAAAAUGAAAGGAGAUUAUCACCGGUAUUUGGCUGAGUUUAAGACCGGAGCUGAGAGAAAGGAAGCUGCUGAGAAUACUCUUUCGUCUUACAAGUCCGCUCAGGAUAUUGCAAAUGCGGAACUGGCACCUACACAUCCUAUUCGAUUGGGGCUAGCUCUCAACUUCUCUGUAUUUUACUAUGAGAUAUUGAAUUCUCCUGAUCGUGCUUGUAAUCUUGCCAAACAGGCCUUUGAUGAGGCGAUCGCUGAGCUGGACACAUUGGGGGAGGAGUCCUACAAGGAUAGCACGUUGAUAAUGCAGCUUCUUCGCGAUAAUCUGACUUUGUGGACCUCGGACAUGCAGGACGAGGGAACAGAAGAGAUGAAAGAAGUAGCAAAACCGGAUAAUGAGGAGCACUAAAAGUGGUGAAAAUCUUUAAUUCAGGAUCUGAAUACCAUGUUAAACUUUGCUCAUUGGUUUACUUAAGCUCUUUGCAGUUCUAAUUCCCCUAUGAUUUGUGAGACCUAAAAAUUGUAAGUUGUCGUUCAUUAAAAGAAAGGUCCAGUGUUGUGCAUCUCCGGCGUUCUGUUUGUAUGGAGAGGAACAUGGGGAAGUAGGACGAUUUCACUUGUGUUCAGUUCUGAUAUAGGAUUUCAACUUGUUUGCUUUGGGUCAUGAGUUCAAAGAUCAUUGUUUAUCUCUGCAACUCUCCAGUAUUUGGAUGCUUCUUUUUCCUGAUUGGAAUGAUCAAUUGAGCAUUUGUUCUCCAUUUAAAUUUA